AUGUCCGCCUUCGCAGAUGGGACGGCAGGCCAACGCGCUCGUGGUGGCGGAAAGCGCAACGGCGGCAGGGCUGCCGCGGCCAAGGGCGGUCCCUUGGGCAGGCAGUCGCAGGAUGCGGAUGGGGGCGACGAGGGGGAUCAUGCCGAGCCGGUCACUACCCGUGGUGGCGGAAAGCGCAACGGCGGCAGGGCUGCCGCGGCUAAGGCCGAUCCCUCGGGCAGGCCGGCGCAAUAUGCGGAUGGAGGCGACGAGGGGGAUCAUGCCGAGCCGGAAGCUCGUGGUGGCGGAAAGCGCAACGGCGGCAGGGCUGCCGCGGCCAAAGGCGGUCCCUCGGGCUUGCAGGAUGCGGAUGGGGGCGACGAGGGGGAUCAUGCCGAGCCAGUCACUACCCGUGGUGGCGGAAAGCGCAACGGCGGCAGGGCUGCCGCGGCUAAGGCCGAUCCCUCGGGCAGGCCGGCGCAGGAUGCGGAUGGAGGCGACGAGGGGGAUCAUGCCGAGCCGGAAGCUCGUGGUGGCGGAAAGCGCACCGGCGGCAGGGCUGCCGCGACCAAGGGCGGUCCCUCGGGCUCGCAGGAUGCGGAUGGUGGCGACGAGAAGGAUCAUCCCGAGCCAGAAGCUCGUGGUGGCGGCAUGCGCAAUGGCGGCAGGGCUGCCGCGGCUAAGGCCGAUCCCUCGGGCAGGCCGUCGCAAGAUGCGGAUGGAGGCGACGAGGGGGAUCAUGCUGAGCCGGAAGCUCGUGGUGGCGGCAUGCGCAACGGCGGUAGGGCUGCCGCGGCCAAGGGCGGUCCCUCGGGCUCGCAGGAUGCGGAUGGUGGCGACGAGAAGGAUCAUGCCGAGCCGGAAGCUCGUGGUGGCGGCAUGCGCAACGGCGGUAGGGCUGCCGCGGCUAAGGGCGGUCCCUCGGGCAGGCAGUCGCAGGAUGCGGAUGGUGGCGACGAGAAGGAUCAUGCCGAGCCGGAAGCUCGUGGUGGCGGCAUGCGCAAUGGCGGCAGGGCUGCCGCGGCUAAGGCCGAUCCCUCGGGCAGGCCGUCGCAAGAUGCGGAUGGAGGCGACGAGGGGGAUCAUGCCGAGCCGAAAGCUCGUGGUGGCGGCAUGCUCAACGGCGGUAGGGCUGCCGCGGCCAAGGGCGGUCCCUCGGGCUCGGCUGCCGCGGCUAAGGGCGGUCCCUCGGGCAGGCACUCGCAGGAUGCGGAUGGUGGCGACGAGAAGGAUCAUGCCAUGCCUGCAUGCUGUGACGUUAACGAUCAUGAUGAGGACGAGCCAGCAGCACUGACUGAUGGGAAAGGUGGACGUGAAGCUGUGAUUCCGUACCAACGGCGCAAGGCUGUGGAUCCGGGCAGUUGCGACCAUAAGGCGAGACAAGCUCGGCACGGCCCCAAUGUGCACGCUUCGAGCUCGUCUGGUUCCGAGGAAGAUUCGAGCGACAGUGAGUCGGGCAGCUCAUCCGGGAGUGAGGAGGUAUACGAGGACGAGGAUGAGGAGGAGGAGGACGAGGAUGAUGAGUUGGAGCCGGAGAGCGAGGAUGGGGAGGAGGCUCGGCCUUUGAAGAGGAGGAGUGUGCGGAAGCUCAAGAAGGGCAACGCUAAGCAAAAAUCGGAGAGGGGACGGGUGAAGAGCUGUAAACAGAGUGUAAGUCGUGCCAAACCACAUGGCAAGCGCCAGAGACCUCGAUUCGAAGCUAAAAUUGUGGGUGUGCGUAGCAAGGCGAAGCGGGAGUUGAUUUUUUACGAGUCCAUGGGGAUACGAUGUACAUCAAGCUCUCAUGAUCGGCAAGCCGCGGACCCGUACGCUGCGUUACGCGAUCCGAUGGGUUCGGCUGGGAAGGGAGAUCCGAUGGCUUGGGGGUCAGCGCGGUUUGGCAGGGAAGUGACGGACCCGCCCCCCAACCAUAUGGGGGGUCGCGCGGUUCAUGUGAAAAACGAGGGGGCAACGAAGCGGCACGAACCCUCGGCAGCUGCAGCAGCGAAUGACGGUGUGGGAGGAGGUGUGUGGGCGAAUGCCUUGGGUGAAUGUGGCGGCGGUGUGGAAGGCUCCAUGUGGGAUGUACGGGAGAGCAGGGGAGAAGGGGGGGACGAGAAAAUGGAUCCGGCGACUAAGGAGGGGAGGGGAGAGAGCAUGGGCACACCUGGCGCAUCCAGUCGGCCGGAUGUGGCUGGCGGCAGGACUGUGGAGCAGCUCAUGCGAGAGCUUGCCCAGCGGGAUCGCGAAAUCGCUGCACUCAAGGCAAGGCCAGGAUCAGAAGGACCUGUCAAGCCCUGCACCCCUCCAUCUAGGCCUCCUCCUCUAGCGUCUCUGUCGAGCGGACCAUCUGUAGGGGGCCUCGAUCCAGGCGUGGCGCCAGAAAGCCCAGCGACGGUAGACGUACCGCUCCGUCGAACGCGUGGGAUGCCCACACCCAAGCUGCUGAAGUUAUCCAUCCUCUUUUGGCCCCUCUCUCCCAUCCCUUCCCACCCUAAACCAGAGCCCCUGUUCAUGGUGCUGGUGCUGGUGUGGGUGGCACGCGGCGCAAGGAUAGCUCAUUGUAGCAGUUAUCCUUCCUAUCCCUCCCCCCUCUCUCCCAUCCCUCGCCUAGCUCUUCCAGAGCCCCUGUUCCUGGUGCUGGUGGUGGUGUGGGUGUCAUGCGGCAGAGGGAUAGCUAAGAAUAGCACGCAAGGAAUAGAGGAAGCCGUAUCCGUCAACCCCACGCGGCCCCCUUUCUGUCCGCCGCUCCUCCCUCCCCUCUCUAUCCCGUCCCUCUCCCUCCUCGUCCAGAGCCACUAUAAAAGAGCUCUUGUUCAUGGUGCUGGUGGUGGGGUGGGUGUCAUGCGGCAGAAGCCCAUGUUCAUGGUGCUGUUGUUGCUCUCCCCUUCCCUCCCGCCAUCCCGUUCUCUCCCUCCCUCCAUUUCUCUUCAGCCCUCCCCUUCUAUCCCGCCCUCCAUGUCUCUCCUGCCCUCCCCCUCUCCCCUGCCCUCCCCUUCUCUCCUGCCCUCCCCUUCUCUCCCGCCCUUCACUGCUCUACUGCCCUCCAGCCAACCCUCCAUUCAUUCUAAACCGCCCUCCACUUCGUCCAUACCCUUUGGACAACCCCUAAACCAUGUCGUGCAUGAUCUUCGUCCCCGCCUUGUCCUGCGUGCGCGCAGGAGGGAAUCAACGGGUCAGCUCGUGGGGAAACAGCAGAGACGGGCUCCUGUUUGCCAACGGCCGGGCUUGGCAAAGGUUAAGAAGACCGACUGGAACGUCUCGAACUCCCACCGGAAGAACACCGAGUGGAUGACGGGUUUGCACCGAAAUGUGCGGUGGAUUAUCAAGGACCACUUCACACGCCACACCCCCGUGUACAACACAGUCGUGCAGGGCUUCAAGUGGGGCGAUCGUGGCCUGUAUGUUCACGAGUCAGGAUUUGAGGCGUUCAAGGGGACGGCCGCGCCUGACGAGGAGAAGAAGGACUUGAAGGAGGAAGAGCAGGAGGUGUACGACGCGGAUGACUUGAAGACGGAUGACGAGGAGGAUGACGAGGAUCAGGAGGAGGACGAGGAGGAGGAGGAGGAGGAGGAGGAGGAGGAGGAGGAGGAGGAGGAGGAUGAGGAGGAGGAGGAACAGUGGGGGCAGGAGCGGAGGAAGAGCAAAAGGCACAAGAGAUGCAAAAGCAGGGGAGGCAAGAGGGAUGAGCAAGAGGAUGAGGAGGAGGAAGAGGAGGAGGAUGUGAAACGGGGGGGGCGAGAGAUUAGGAAGGGCAGAAGGCAGAAGAGAGGGAAACUCAGGGGAGGCAGGGGGGAAGAGGAAGAGGGUGGGGAGGAGGAGGAGGGGGAGCAGGAGGAUGAAAAUCAUAGGGGGCAAGAGAGGAGGAAGGGCAGAAAGCACAAAAGAGGCAGAGGCAAGGGAAGCAGGAGGGAAGAGGAAGAAGAGGAAGAAGUGGAAGAGGAGGAAGAGGAUGAGCAUGAGGAUGAGAAGGGGGGGGACCAGGAGCGAAGGAGGGGCAAAAGACACAAGAGUGGCAAACGCCGGGGAGGCAAGAGGGUCAAGCGAUGGGGCGACUAA